CUGUUCUGUGAAGCCAUGGCAUUGAAGUUGAUUUGCGGUUGCCUUCUGGCAGUUGCCCUGCUUGGUUGUUUUGCUUUUGAUGAUGGUGUGAAGCCUCAGCAGCCCCCACAGCCUCCGUUUCCUCAGAAGCCUCAGCAGCCACCACAGCCUCUGUUUUCUCAGAAGCCUCAGCAGCCCCUACAGCCUCCGUUUCCUCAGAAGCCUCAGCAGCCCCUACAGCCUCCACAGAAGCAUCCUCAGCAGCUCCUACAGCCUAAUAAGCCUCAGCAGCCGACAGAAGCAUUUCACUCUUGUGAAGUAGCUGAACAGUACAAGAUACAGUGUGGAGCUCCUGACAUAGAUGCUUCACAAUGUAAUGCUAUAAACUGCUGCUUUGAUGGACGCAUGUGCUAUUAUGGAAAAUCUGUUACUCUUCAGUGCACUGUGGACGGCCAGUUCAUCGUGGUAGUGGCGAGAGAUGCCACCCUACCAAACCUCGACUUGGAGUCAGUUACUUUGCUUGGAAGUGAUCCAGCCUGCAGUCCUGUUGGCACCACUUCAGCUUUUGCCAUCUACCAGUUCCCUGUCACUGCCUGUGGCACUGUCAUGACGGAGGAGCCUGGGGUUAUAAUCUAUCAGAACAGGAUGUCCUCCUCUUUUGAAGUCGCUAUUGGACAAAACGGAGCCAUUACCAGAGACAGCAGCUUUCAGCUCAUUUGCCAGUGUAGAUAUACUGGCAUCUCAGUUGAGGCUCUGAUCAUUGAGGUUCAACUGGUCCCUCCACCACCCCCAGUUGCUGCUCUUGGACCACUGAAUGUGGAGCUGAGGCUGGGCAACGGAAUAUGUACUGCCAAGGGUUGUUUGGAACAGGAUGUGGCCUACAGCUCAUUUUACCUGGUUUCCGACUACCCCAUCAAAAAGGUUCUCAGGGAUCCUGUGUACGUUGAGAUCCGAAUUCUGGAGAGGACAGAUCCCAACCUGGUCUUGACUCUUGGAAGAUGCUGGGCAACUGCUGACCCCUCCCCUUAUAGUCUUCCUCAGUGGGACUUGCUGAUUGAUGGCUGCCUAUACCGUGAUGACAAUUACAUGACCGCCCUGAUCCCUGUCGAUGCCUCAUCAGGUCUCCAGUUCCCAAGCCACUACAGACGUUUUGUGUUUAAGAUGUUCACAUUUGUAGGUACUGGAAGUCCCAGUGCCCCCGCGGACAGUGCUAAGGGACACCCUUCAGAUCCACAGGUUAUGGUUCCUCUCCAAGUAAAGGUGUAUAUCCACUGCAACACAGCUGUGUGCCAACCCUCUCUUGCAAAUAACUGUGAACCUCGGUGCUCAAGAAAGAGGAGAGACGUUCUUGCUUCUGUCCAGAGGAACUCCAGAGCUGAGACCACUGUGGUGAGCAGUCAGGAGCUGAUCAUCAUAGACCCAAGCCAGAGAAUUUAGUAACAACAUGCAGACAGAAUCAUACAACAUCAGUUUUCUUAUGCUUAAUGAAAAGUGAUAAGUGAAGGUUUUGAAUAAAUCUCCAUGCUGAUAUACCAUGUUGUCUGAUUUUAUAAAAUGUCAAUUAGAUAUAUGGUUUACUCUGUGAACUCAUAGAACUAAAAGCUAAUAUUAAUACUGCA